UGCAUGAACUUCCUCCUUAAAAAAAAAAUAAAGAAAAUAAAUCUUCUUUUCUCUAUGACUCAUAAUAUAUCUUCUUCCUUCCCUAAAUUUGUGCGGCUCCUGCGUAUACUUCCCCACCAUCACUACCACUGUCGCUACGCGCCUCAAAAUAUCUUCACCAUCUCCGCCGCCAUCUAUCUCCGCCGUACUAUGGCAACCGCCGUUGACCCAUCCAAUACUCGUCUGGGAUGGAUCGGUACCGGAGUAAUGGGCCGCUCUAUGUGUGCGCACCUGAUUAACGCCGGUUACACUCUCACUGUCUUCACUCGGACACCAUCCAAGGCCCAGGAACUUAUCUCCAUGGGAGCUCACUGGGUUGACACUCCAAAGGCCGUCGCUUCCCAAUCCGACGUCGUUUUCUCUAUCGUUGGCUACCCUUCUGACGUUCGCCAGGUAAUCCUCGAUUCAAACUCCGGCGCUCUUUCCGGUCUUCGCAGAGGCGGCGUCAUCAUAGAUAUGACUACUUCCGAACCUUCCCUAGCUGUUGAAAUUCACUCCGCAGCCUCUGCCGCUGGCUGCUCCUCCAUUGAUGCCCCCGUUUCUGGAGGCGAUCGCGGAGCUCGGAGUGCUUCUUUAUCCAUCUUUGCCGGUGGAGAGGAAUCUGUUGUCCAAAGGCUUAAUCCAUUGUUUAACCUUCUCGGCAAAGUUUAUUACAUGGGUGCCCCUGGAAAAGGGCAGUUCACAAAAUUGGGAAACCAAGUAGUUAUUGCUUCCUCUAUGGUGGGACUAUGCGAGGGCUUAAUUUACGCCCAUAAAGCUGGUUUGGAUUUGAAUCAGUUUUUGAAUGCCAUUUCAACAGGUGCUGCUGGCUCAAAAUCAUUAGACUUGUAUGGGAGUAGGAUACUUAGUAGGGAUUUGGAACCUGGAUUUUAUGUGAAUCAUUUCGUCAAGGAUUUGGGAAUAUGUUUGAGAGAAUGCCAGAAUAUGGGUCUCGCUUUGCCUGGGCUGGCGUUGGCUCAGCAGCUCUAUCUCUCGCUUAAAGCUCACGGUGAGGGUGAUUUGGGAACCCAAGCUCUCAUUCUAGCGCUUGAGAGGAUUAACAAUUUGUCCCUUCAAUCUGAUGCUUCUGCUAUUGGCAAACCUUAGGUCUCUUUGAUCCUUGACUACUUUGUAUCCGCUUAUGAAUGUUAAUGUUCUUACAUUUGUAUUAUGUAUCCAUUUAUGAGUGUUAAUGUUCUUACAUAUAACAGAA